UGCUCUCCUUAGUAAUCACACCCGUCCAUGUCUCUAUCUUUUUCCGUCUCUCGCUCUCUUCUCUGCCCCUUCACUUUCCAGCUGCAGCUUUUGUAAUGGAACCAAACCCUAAAUGCUACUGCUACCAGCUGGUAUUCUCCUAGAGAAACCUAGUUAAAAAGUUAUAACCUUUACUGUGUUUUGAUACAAAAUCCUCCAUGGAAAAAACAUUGAUCAUCAUUACAAGAUGAUUUCUUUUUCAACCCCCUUUCUCUCAAUCAGGAGCUUCCGUUGUUCUUUUCAAUUUUAUACCCUUUUAUCGUAUUUCACUUUCAGCCAAUAAGGUUAGCUUUAGCAACCUGAAGUUUCUCUCAGUGUGUGGUUUAAAUAGGUUCUAUCAAUCGAAUAAAGGUAACAGCUUCUUUUCUUGGCUAUGACCAAGGCCUGUCUAAGUAGAUUUUACAGUUUCUACCAUGAAGUGGCAAGGUCAUUGUCUUCAAGGAGAAGCCAUGGAGGUAGAUCUUUCAGAAACUUAUCCACUUGUUUUGCACCUUUGAUCACUCCAACAGACUCUCUCAUUGUCUGCCCCUCCUCAUCACUGUCGUUGACUGCUUGCAUUACGCAUCCUGGUGUGCUCCAACGUUCAGAGGAAUGGUUUGCGCUGAGGAGGGACAAGCUGACAGCAAGUACCUUCAGUACUGCCUUGGGUUUCUGGAAGGGAAACCGUCGGUUGGAGCUCUGGAAUGAGAAGGUUUUUGCACCGGAGUUAAAUAUCAUUGAAGCUUCUAAGAGAGCCGUGGAAUGGGGCGUUCUAAAUGAAGCAGCAGCUGUAGACAGUUAUAAAACCAUCACAAGCCAUGAAGUUAAUCAUUUGGGAUUUGCAAUCCAUCCAGCACAGGAAUUUGAUUGGCUUGGUGCUUCCCCAGAUGGUCUUCUUGAGGGAGGCAUCCUGGAAGUUAAGUGUCCCUAUAACAAGGGAAAACCAGAGAGUGCUCUUCCUUGGUCAAUCAUGCCUUUCUAUUAUAUGCCUCAAGUUCAAGGGCAAUUGGAAAUAAUGAAUAGAGAAUGGGCAGAUUUGUAUUGCUGGACACCGAAUGGAAGCACAAUAAUCCGAGUGCAUAGAGACCGUAGUUAUUGGGAGCUAAUACACCCCAUUCUACGUGAAUUUUGGUUGGAGAAUGUGAUGCCUGCCAAGGAAGCUCUGUUGCUAGGGAGGGAAGAGGAAGCUAAAUCAUAUAAGCCAACAUCCACUCACAAACAGACAGGACUUGUAAUUGUUAAGAGCUUAAAGGUAGCUAAUGAAUCCAAGCUGUUGUGCAAGGAGAUUGCUGGUCAUGUUGAAUUUUAUAGCUGAUAAAGUCCAAAAUAGUAUUUUUGCAGUUUAUCAGUCCUAGAAUAGGCUUCUUUACUGUGCAAGGAGCAGCAGAAGAUUAACAGCAUGGUCAAACAGAUUGCUGGUAAGAAGCGGUGGGGCGAAAAAUUGCCAUUAAGUUUUGGUAUUCUGCCAAGUAUCUAAUGAGCUCCUUUGUUUAGUAUUUCAUCUAUGAUUUAAUGUAUGUAUUUUCUUAUUAUCAAAAUUGAUUCAUGGCUAGAUGUUCCCAAAAUAGCCAACUUUUUAUAACGAUGCCUAUGCAAGAGAGUGACCAACUUGAAGAAUAAGCAGGUUGAUUAAAGCAAGCAUUCAGCUA